AAAAGAGGUUGUCCCAGGUGAGUCAGCCGUUAGGGUGAAGUUGUAAUUUCAUAUUUUGUACUUGGACGAAGACUGACGCACCAAGAAUGUCACCAGGUGUGUGUCGACUGUUUGGGCCUGGAGAUCAAAUGGACCAGAGUAACUGCUUAAAGUGACUACACACAUUAAGCUGAAGGGAAUAUACUGAAGAUUCAUGAUAAACUUGGACAAAACAAGAUGGCAGACACACCACCCAAAAUGUCAGCAACAGCCACCAGCACCUCAGUGGGGCACUUCCAGGUGAAUGUCUCUGUCACAGGUUUCCAGCACAGUGAGUCAUCAACAGUGUCUGAACAAUGUGAUCUGGAUCCUCUGAAGCGUAACAACAGCCUGGUGUUUCUGCCACCCGCCAUGUCUGAGCUGAGGGUUGUUCUGCUGGGGAACAGCUGGUCUCAGAGGAGUUCAGUGGGGAACGUCAUACUGGGAGAGACUGCAUUUAACACUCAGGAAGAGCCAGUCUGCUGUCUGAGAGUCAGUGGACAGUUAGAGGAGAAAAAGAUAGCUGUCAUCAACACUCCGGAUCUGCUCCAUCCCAACAUCUCUGAAGACAAACUGUCAGAACAUGUAGAAAAGUGUGUGAGAUACUCUGAUCCUGGACCUCAUGUGUUCCUGCUGGUUCUACAGCCUGAAGACUUCACUGAGGAACACAAAGGGAAGCUGGAUAGGAUCCUUGGAAAGUUCAGUGAUCAAUCAUUUGAUCAUUCAUUGAUACUGAUAUCAACACCCAGAGAGGAGAGUUCAGGUUUCAAAGAUGAACCAGACCAGCCCUUAAAAGACAUGAUCAGAAUGUGUAGAUACAGAUACCUGAAGCAGAAGAACCUUGAACGCCCAGAGCUGUUAACACGAUUGGGUCAAAUUGUGAAAGAGAACAGUGGAGACCAUCUGAUCUGUGAUGUGUUUGAAGAUCCAGCACAAGGUCUGGUUUAUGAUCAGGAAAGCGUGAAACAAACGGAAGGAGUCAGUUUUAACUUGGAUCUACUAAAAGCUUUUGAGGUGAAAGCUCCCAGUGAAUACACCCUGUCGCACCAGUCACAUGAACUCAGGAUUGUGAUGUUUGGAAAAAGUGACGACAAAAAGAAAACACUAUGCAACUUCAUCACUGGAAGCAAACAGUCAGUAUUUUUCAAAAUAAACAUCAACAAGCAAUGUGAGGUCACCAGUGGAGAGUGGAGAGGAAAGCCUUUGAAAGUCGUGAAAACUCCAGACAUGUUCAGUCUGUCUGUGGAAGCCUUUAGAGAAGAGAUGAGAAGCUGUGUGACUCUUUCUCCCAGAGAAGAGAUGAGAAGCUGUGUGACUCUUUCUCUCCCUGGACCAAAUGUUCUGCUGCUGUUAGUGAAGCUGUCUGAGUUCACUGAGGAGAACAGACAAACACUGAAGUUCAUCCUGAGUGUGUUUGGUCAAGAUGCCUUCAAACACUCGAUGGUCAUCACGACACAUGACGGGAGUAAAGCAAGCCCUGCUGUCAGUCAGCUCCUCAAAGACUGUGGAGGAAGACACUACAACAUGGUUAAAAGUGACCGCCAGCUGUUAAUGGAGAAGAUUGAGAACAUUGUGAGUGAAAACAAAGAAGCCUUCCUCACCUUCACUGAAGAGCCCAUCAGAGCAAAGUCUGAACCCAUCAGAGCAAAGUCUGAACCCAUCAGAGCAGCUUUAAACCUGGUCCUGUGUGGGAGGAGAGGAGCAGGGAAGACUUCAGCAGCCAAGGCCAUUUUAGGUCAGACAGAGCUUCAUUCAGUCUCCAGCUCAUCAGAGUGUGUUAAACAUCAGGGAGAGGUGUGUGGACGUUGGGUUUCCCUGGUGGAGCUGCCUGCCUUGUAUGGAAAACCUCAGGAGGCAGUGAUGGAGGAAUCAUUCAGGUGUAUCUCCCUCUGUGAUCCUGAGGGCGUCCAUGCCUUCAUCCUGGUCCUACCUGUGGGUCCCCUCACUGAUGAAGACAAGGGAGAGUUAGAGACCAUCAGGGACACAUUCAGCUCUCGAGUCAAUGACUUCACCUUGAUCCUGUUCACUGUGGAGUCAGAUCCUACAGCUCCAGCUUUUGUUAACUUUCUAAAGGAGAACAGAGACAUCCAGGAGCUCUGUCAGAGCUGUGGAGGAAGAUAUGUUGUUCUCAACAUCAAGGACCAGCAGCAGAUCCCACAGCUGUUGGAUGCUGUGGAAAAAAAUUGCCAAUCUAAAAAGAAACCAUCCUGCUAUACGACAGAAACAUUUGCACAUGCACAAAUGAAAAAACUCAUUCAACAAGAGAAACGUAUCAACAUGCAACAAGGUGAACUUCAGAGACUGAGAGAGCUCAAUAUCACAUGUGAUGAAGAGGAGCAGAGCCCAGAGUGUCUCAGGAUUGUGCUGAUAGGGAAGACUGGCUGUGGGAAGAGUUCUUCAGGAAACACCAUCCUAGGAAGGAAGGAGUUUAAAGCCAAAUCAAGCCAAACAUCAGUCACCAAACACUGUCAGAAAGCAGUGGGUGAGGUGGACGGUCGUCCUGUUGCUGUGGUCGACACUCCUGGUCUGUUUGACACAACUUUGUCCCAUGAAGAGGUUAAUGAGGAGAUGGUGAAAUGCAUCAGUCUUCUGGCUCCAGGACCACAUGUCUUCCUGUUGGUGUUACAAAUCGGCAGAUUAACACCAGAGGAGAAGGAGACAUUAAAUCUCAUCAAGGAAGGCUUUGGGAAGAAUGCUGAACAGUUCACCUUCAUUCUUUUUACCAGAGGAGAUUCACUGGAAAAUGAGGAGAUGUCUAUUGAAGAAUACAUUGAAAAAGAAUGUGAUGAUUCCUUUAAGAAGCUGAUUGCUGACUGUGGAGGAAGAUGCCAUGUGUUCAAUAACUAUGAUAAACACAACCACAAACAAGUCAGUGAGCUGAUAACCAAGAUUAACACCAUGGUGAAGACAAAUGGAGGCAGCUGCUACACUAAUGAGAUGCUGCAAGAGGCCGAGGAAGCUAUAAAGAAAGAAGUGCAGAGGAUCCUGAAGGAGAAGGAAAAAGAGAUGAAGAAGGAGAGAGAGGAGCUGAGAAGAAAAUAUGAGGAAGAAAUGGAAGCAAUGGAGAGAAGAAUGGAAGAACAGAGAGCAGCAACUGAAGAGGAGAGAAAACAACUUGAAGAAAUGCAGAAAAACAUCAACAAGGAACGUGAGGAGAGAAAGAAAGAACAGGAAAUGAGAGAAGAAGAAGACAGGAAGAGAAAACAACAGGAAGAAUUACAGCAACAAGAGUGGGAACAAAAAGUUGACGCUUUGGAGCAAAAAAUAAGAUCAGAGUCAGAAUCAAAGGAAACUACUGACAGAAAGCUGGAGGAGAGCAGAGAAGAGAUGAGGAAAGAACGAGAGAAUCGGGAGAAGGAAAGAAAAGAAUGGUGGGAGAAACGAAAACAAGAAGAUGAACAGAGACAAAAGGAGGAGCAAGCAAGACGAAAAAAGCUUCAAGAAGAAUAUGAACAGGAGAAAGAAAAAUAUGAAAACAAAACAAAAGCUGAUAAAAUGAGAAGGGAGCAGGAGGAGGAGAAGUGGAAAGAGUUGGAGGAAAACUAUAAGACAAAACUGGAGGAAAUGAAGAAUAAGUACGAGGAGGAGGCCAGAAAUAAAGCUGAAGAGUUCAAUGAAUUCAGAGAGACAAAAAAGAAGGACUUUGCAGCUAUGAUCAAAGACCACAUGAAAUAUGUCGAGGAUCUGAAGGAACAGCAGGAGAAAGACAUGCAAAAGAAGAAAGAGGAAUACGACAGCUUGAUGGAACUCUCAACCCACAAAGAAAAAAGUCUGAAACAAAAUAUCGAUGAGCUACAGGACAAACACAAACAAGCAAUGGCCGACUUGAUACUGAUACUUCUGACACAAAAAGAAGAAAACAGAAAACAAAUUAAUGCAAUGCAGGAAGCACACACAAAAGAGGAGGAGGACCUUAAAAAAGAUCUUUUAGCCCAAAACAAAAGAAAAGAGAAUGAACAAAUGGAGGAACUGAAGAAAAAACAGCAUCAAGAAAUGAAAGCCCUGGACAAGGAACUUUCAACCCAAACCAAAGACGAUCAGAGUGUAAGACGGGCGAUGCUGUCCAUCCAACAUGAGCAACAAAUUAUUGAUCUGAAAAAAGAAUUGUUGACCCAACAGCAACAAAACCAGAAGGAACAGCUGAACAAAUUACAGAAAGAACAUGAGCAAAAAUUGGAUGAAUUCAAACAGAAACUUCUGGAAGAAAAUAAAAGAAAUGAGAAAGAAAAAAUUGAUGAACUGCAGAAAAGACAUGAUGAAGAGAUGAAUGAGGCAAAACAGCAGCUGAUGACCGAAGAUGGAGACAGUGAGAGAGAAGAAAUAGAGGCACUGCAGAAAAAACACAAAAAAGAAAUGAAGGAGCUGAAAGAAAAACUUUUGACCAUAGACCACAUGGCUGAAACAUGGUGUUCAAUACUGCUGAGGCUACAGAACAUGAGCGAUUCACACAGUGGCUCCAACUCCCAGCUCACCGGCAGCACCAAGCUCACUCACACUCUCUCCCUGCUGGAAACAGAUGAUCUGCAACCUGUGAAGCGGAGCAGCAGCUAUGAAUGGCUGCCACCACAGAUGUCUGAGCUGAGGGUUGUUCUGCUGGGGAACAGCUGGUCUCAGAGGAGUUCAGUGGGGAACUUCAUACUGGGAGAGACUAAGUUCAACACUGAGGAAGAACCAGACUUCCUGACAGAGAACAGAGACAUCCAGGAGCUCUGUCAGAGCUGUGGAGGAAGAUAUGUUGUUCUCAACAUCAAGGACCAGCAGCAGAUCCCACAGCUGUUGGAUGCUGUGGAAAAGAUGAGAGUCUACAAGGAUAAACCACACUGUUAUACAACAGGCAUCUUUGCACAUGGCAAGAUGGAUACAAUCCUCCAACAACAGAAACACAUCACCACAUUGCAAGAUGAGCUGAAUGAACUGAAGACAAAGAGCACAGUCACUUGUGAUGAAGAGGAGCAGAGCCCAGAGUGUCUCAGGAUUGUGCUGAUAGGGAAGACUGGCAGUGGAAAGAGUUCUUCAGGAAACACCAUCCUAGGAAGGGAGGAGUUUGAAGCCAAUUCAGGCCUAACAUCAGUCACCAAACACUGUCAGAAAGCAGUGGGUGAGGUGGACAGUCGUCCUGUUGCUGUGGUCGACACUCCUGGUCUGUUUGACACAACUUUGUCCCAUGAAGAGGUUAAUGAGGAGAUGGUGAAAUGCAUCAGUCUUCUGGCUCCAGGACCACAUGUCUUCCUGUUGGUGUUACAUAUCGGCAGAUUAAGAGUACAGGAGAAGGAGACAUUAAAACUCAUCAAGGAAGGCUUUGGGAAGAAUGCUGAACAGUUCACUAUCAUUCUUUUAACUGGAGGAGAUGAACUGGAACAUUAUGACAUAUCUAUUGAAAAAUACAUUGAAGAAAAAUGUGAUGACUCCUUUAAGAAGCUGAUUGCUGACUGUGGAGGAAGAUACCAUGUGUUCAAUAACUAUGAUGAAGACAAGCACAAACAAGUCAGUGAGCUGAUAACCAAGAUUGACACCAUGGUGAAGACAAAUGGAGGCAGCUGCUACACUAAUGAGAUGCUGCAAGAGAAGAGAAAAGAAGAGGACCGACUCAGAAGAGAACAAGAGGAAGACAUGGAGGAGAACUAUAAGAAGAAAAUGGAGAAUCUGAUGAAGACACAUGAAGAGGAGGCCAGAGAGAAAGCUGAAGAGUUCAAUGAAUUCAAAGAGAAAUACAAGAAGGAAUGUGCAGCUCUAAAGCAGGAGCAUGAGAGACAACUGAAAGACAAAGAGCAGCAGUAUGACCUCUUAAAGGCUCGUUCAGACAGCAAUGAAGAACAACUGAAGAAAAAACAGGAAGACAUUUCUGACUUAGUCAAAUGUGUGACCAGAAGGAGAGAAAAUGUGCGAAAAAUCACUGAGUUACUGAAAAAACAGGAACAAGAAAUGAAACAGGUGAGAAAUGAGGAGGAGAAGAAGAACAAGAAAUGA